AUGAAGAAGAAUCCCAAGAGCGGGUCCCGGCGGUUCAACAAUCCGUUUCCCAAGGCGCCAGCGGGACUGGGCUUCGUGAGGGGCGACCUGCUCGUCGACGCAGCGUCGGCGCCGUCGCAGUCGCACACAGCGGGCCAAGGCUUCGAGGUGCGAUGGCAGGCCGAGCCCGGGCGCGCCGGCCUGCAGGUGUUCCACGCGACGGAGCCCGAGCGCGCGCUGUGGAGCACGAUUCCGGGCAGCGCCUUCGUCUCGGCCGCCUUCGGAACCGACUCGUUCGAAGAAAGUCGCGGCUCGUUCGCCAUUCACGACACGAUCGACGUGCUCUGCUGCCACCAGACCGUGGAGCAGGUCACGAUCGCCUGGCCCUCCGAGACCUUCGUCGCGCCCAAGCGGCCGCCGUCGCAGGUCGACGCAGACGGCGUGCGCCCGGGCAGCCGCGGCCCCUGUGUCAUCGUCGCGGGCUGCCUCUACUCCGACCCCAAGCUAGCGCGAGAGCAAUUCGCCGCGUUCCGCACGCUUUCGUCGUCGUCGUCAGGCCCAACCGCUGCGUCGUCGCCCUCGUCGCCCUUCUAUCAUCCGUCGCAGUCGCACUUGAGGCUCGAGUCGCGGGGAUGCUUGCGGUUAUUCUCGCAGGAGCAGCGAGUCGCAGUUCGCUAUUGGUUGGUGUUCUUCGAAUGCCGCGACCAUCAAUUGGGAUUCUCCGUGAGCUUGCAGCAGCCGGCGCGAUUCGAGACCUUCUGUCAGGCCGGCGCUUACGUCGUCGCGCGCGCCUCGAGCGCCGUCGUUCCCGAGGCGGCGCAUGAUCCCAAGAGCCGGACGACGACGACGACGCUGAACAGGAGUCUCAGCGGCGACGACUUCGAGAGCGAAGCACGAGAGCAUGGCGAUGGCAGUGGGGAGCAUUGGCUGUGGUCCGAGGCUCCCGUGUCCGCCUUCGGGAGGAGAGCAGUUGGCAAUGAUGGGGCCGAGCCUCGUCGCCUUCAUUCCUUCGGCCGCAAGCGGUCGUUCAGACGGAGCAUUUCGGUGGCGGAUUUUAGGACCUGUAGUCUUUUUGACAAGUGUUUGACUGGAAGCUCCAGUUUUCUUGCCGAGCUUGCCAAUGCUGGCAGAGUUUUGACCCCCCGGGAGCAGCAGCUCGUGCAGCUGCCCCGACUGAACCGGAUUCAGAUCACGUUUUCUUCCGAUCCGAGCGAGAGGUUUUUCGGCUUCGGAGAGCAGUUCUCUCACUUCAAUCUGAAGGGCAAGAGGGUCCCCAUCCUCGUGCAGGAGCAGGGUCUGGGCCGCGGCGACCAGCCCAUCACUGCUCUCGCCAACAUGGUCUCCAACAGGUCAGGAGGAGCUUGGCACACAACUUACGCUCCAGUGCCUUACUAUAUAACAUCACAAAUGCGGUCACUUUAUCUGGAGGGAUUUGAAUAUUCGGUCUUUGAUUUGACGCGCAGUAACGCAGUUCAAGUGCAGGUGCACGCAGGAUACAUGCAAGGGAGAAUACUGCAUGGGAAGACGCCCGCGGAUAUCAUCAGGCAAUAUACAGCAGCAAUUGGGAGAAUGAGGGAGCUGCCUGCCUGGAUUACGCAGGGGGCGAUCGUGGGAAUGCAGGGAGGAAUGCAAGCGGUGCGUAAGGUGUGGCAGAAGCUCAGAGACCUCGACGUCCCGCUCGCUGCAUUCUGGCUUCAGGAUUGGGUGGGACAAAGACGAACGAGCAUCGGAUGGCAGCUGUGGUGGAAUUGGGAAGUGGACAGAGACCACUAUCCAGGCUGGGAACAACUGGUGACAGAUUUGCGCUCUCACGGCAUCCGAACCAUGGCUUACUGCAACCCCCUGCUCGCUCCGACACACGAGAAGCCGAAUCGGAGGAGAGAUCUUCUGGCGGAAGCGCACUCUCAAGACUUGGUGGUCACUGACCAACUCGGAUCGCCGUACAUGAUCCCCAACACCAGCUUCGACGCCGCCAUGGUGGAUUUAACCAACCCCGCUGCUCGAACGUGGCUCAAAAACAUUCUCCUUGAUAUGAUUCAAACCGGUGUCCGAGGCUGGAUGGCAGAUUUCGGCGAGGCUCUGCCUUUGGAUUGCUCCCUCUAUUCAGGGGAGGAAGCGAGGACGGUGCACAACCAAUAUUCUGAGCUUUGGGCGCAGCUCAACCGAGAGGUUGCCGAGGAGUGGGAGGCGACGCAGAAAGGCAGAAGGCUGGAUGAGGGCGAGGACGAGGACGAGAAAUUGGUGUUCUUCAUGCGAGCAGGGUACAGGGGAAGUCCGAGGUCGAGCACGCUGUUCUGGGAAGGGGACCAGAUGGUCAGCUGGCAAAGGCAUGACGGCAUCAAGAGCGCUGUCACGGGCCUUCUGAGCGGCGGCUUGUGCGGCUUCUCUCUCAAUCACAGCGACAUCGGCGGAUACUGCACUGUCGACAUCCCUCUGGUCCGCUAUCGCAGAUCCGAGGAACUCCUCCUCCGCUGGAUGGAGCUCAACGCCUUCUCCACCAUCUUCCGCACGCACGAGGGAAAUGGUCCUGCUUCAAACAGCCAGUUCUACUCCAACGACACAACUUUCAGACAUUUCGCACGGUUUGCCAAAGUUUACAAAGCUUGGGACUUCUACCGUCGACAGCUGGUCAAGGAGGCGGCAGAGACGGGGUUACCUGUGGUGAGGCAUCUGUUUCUGCACUACCCUCAUGACGAGACGGUGCUGACGAUCACGUAUGAAGAGUUUCUGGUUGGCAGUGAGAUUCUCGUGGUUCCUGUACUGGAUCAAGGUCACAAGCGAGUUCAGGCUUAUUUUCCGCGGGGAGAGGAAGAUGAUGAGUGGGAGCAUAUAUGGACAGGGAACGUGUACAGAUCUGAUCAGGAGGUCGAUCAUUUAAUAUCUCACGCCAGCUUCAAAGCCUGGAUCGAAGCUCCGCUGGGUUUCCCCGCCAUCUUCGUCAAGGCAGGCUCUGAAGUUGGGGCCAGGUUCAAAGCGAACCUGAUCAGUGCAGGAUUGCUUGACCCGAGGUGACGCUAGUCCGAGAUGGAAUCUGGUGAAUGCAUGGGCUGUACAUUCCACAGAGAUGACGUGAGACGACGUGAUGGAUUGUUGCUUAGUCCUGUCUUGAGUUGAACUGUAUAUAAUUCUUUUAGUAGCUCGACCUAGUUGUUUAUAUUCAUGAAGCACUGAGCAUUGUAUGACGCAUUCGUCAAGCUUGAACUAGGCCUCAGUAGCUGUAAAAUUAAUCUUUUGGUUCACUUGAAAUUGAGUUCCUGCAGCCUGUGCUGCAGAAGCUAGUAGUUCAGAGUAGGAAAUCUGCAGUUACAUUUAUACUAGUCUGCAGAAUUAGAGUUCUUCAAAAGCUGCGGUUUGGAAAACCACAAUUUGAAGUGUACCGAUAACACGUACCAAAUAUGAUUCGAACGCUUUGC